AUGUCCACCUCUGCACCAUUGGGUGUCGAGCAGGUGAAUCGUUCCCGCUCGGAAACAGUUCUCUCACUUGAUGGUGGGUGGCCACCAAGGUCACCUCCACCGUCGUUAUCGCCGUUUAUCGGAUGGCCGCGGAACAAUGAAUACGGUCGGCUCGGAUCCCGACCAGGUGUCCCGGGACAACCGGCCUGGAUGAGUGGUUCAAGUGGUGCUCUAGCACGCACCGGCAGCCGUGAUGAGGUGAAGCUGCACAAAAGUCUCGAAGAAAUUUCGAAGGACAUACGCGAGCUUGAAGACUUUAUCAGCGUGACCGAGGACAUAUUACGGCGUGAACGCGAGCAGGAUGAACAAGCGUCGCUACGGGAACGUCAACGUAAAGCGGCCGAGCGUACUAUGCAGCUCAUUCGGAGCAAGUGUAGUCCCACGAAAAAGUGCUUCAAUCGCGUCAUCAAAACGCUAGACGGUCAGAAAAAGGUUCUGCGCUCCCCGACCUACAAGGUGAACAUCACACAGAAACGACGCAUCAAAUCGUUCAGCCCGAAAGGUGGCUACAAAUCAAAGCUAUACUUUCGGAAUGGAAAGAUUGGCUGCCAGGAGGCCGAAAAUGCUGUAUCAAAUUUGCGCAGUACGCACGAACUAGUCAAGCGGAUCAUUAACGAUGAAAGCAACAUGCUGGUCAAGUUGGAGCACCAGCACUACUCGACGGGUGAACACGAUGGGCUUGAUUCGCGAUCCAGCUCGGUAGACACACCGGUGGAGAGUUUGCAGAUGUGCGUGACGGAAUCGGCAGGAACAUCGCUGUGUGAGGACGAAACAACUCCACCACCUGUCCCGGCGAUGUCCAGCGACGUUCCUAACGAAAUCAAUAGUCACGAAAAACCACGCUUAGAUGAUAACUCCCAGCAGAUCGAGAAUGCUAACGGAACCUCCAUAGAACCAUUGGAGGAAAGACGAAAUUCCACAAGUCCCACAGAGAUGAUGCCAACAAACGGAAAUGAUUUUGUUACCGUCCGGCUACGCCAUUUGGCUAACCGAUUCUCGGAGCGAACCAGAAAGAUGCGCAGCAAGCUUGAAAUUCCUCCCACACCGUCCAGCAGUGCCAGUGCUCCUUCUACGGCUCCCUCCACGCAGAAGCACCACGUAAAUCAACGGACGAUACAAAACUCCGCCUUAACGCUUCAGUCAGCCACCGAGACACCGGGCUGCAGCCACUACCUGUUUUGCCCUAUCUUCUGUUGCGGCGGCCGAAGCGAUAAUGUGCUUGAUCCCCAAGGAAAAUUUUACAUUGCCUGGCUGUUUAUCGUGUCGCUUUCGUUCCUGUACAAUGCGUGGGUCAUACCGCUGCGAUCCUCGUUCCCCUAUCAAACGCCCGAAAAUACCAAAUAUUGGAUUGCGAUGGACAUUUGUGCGGAUGUUAUCUACCUGCUGGACAUACUGUUCGUUAAGCAUCGCUUGAUGUAUCUCUAUGAAGGAUUCUGGGUGAAGGAUAAGAAUCUUACUCGCAAGAACUACAUGCGUAAGCUGCAGUUUAAGAUGGAUCUGUUAGCGUUGGUGCCGCUGGAUUUGCUAUACCUUCGCUUUGGGACCGAGCACGUGGUGUUUCGUGCACCGCGACUACUGAAGAUUCAAAGUUUUUGGGAGUUUUUCAAGCUGAUCGAUCGAGUCAUUUCAUCGCCACAUAUUAUACGUGUUGUGAAGACGCUGACCUACAUGCUGUACAUGAUACAUCUGACAGCGUGCGCAUAUUACGCGUACAGUGCCUAUCAAGGACUCGGCUCCAAUCGGUGGGUGUUCAACAACAAGGGUCACGCGUACGUACGCUGCUUCGCAUUCGCUACCAAAACGGCCACCUCCAUUGGCAAAAACCCAAAACCGGAGAAGGAGGGCGAGCUGAUGUUCAUGACGGCCGCCUGGCUGAUGGGUGUGUUUGUGUUCGCGCUGCUUAUCGGCCAGAUACGGGACAUCAUUGCGACUGCGACACGUUCCAAGUCCGAGUACAAGCAGCUGGUCGACGAAACGCUGGAGUAUAUGCGCCGCCUCAACCUGCCAACCGAUCUGCAGCGGCGUGUCAAGAUGUGGUUUACCUUCACCUGGGAGCAGCAGAAGUGCUUGGACGAGACGCAUAUUAUGGAUGCGUUGCCGGCUAACCUGAAGACCGACAUCGCUAUCUCGGUACACAUACAGACCCUAUCCAAAGUGCAGCUGUUUGCCGACUGCGAGGAAGCGUUGUUACGUGAACUCGUGCUGAAGCUGCGCUCGGUCACCUUCCUGCCCGGGGAUUACGUGUGCCGGAAGGGUGAGGUCGGUAAGGAGAUGUACAUCGUGAAGACGGGCCAGGUCCAGGUGAUGGGUGGUCCUCGGAACGAUGUUGUGCUAGCGACACUGUACGAGGGUUCCGUGUUCGGUGAGAUCAGUCUGCUGGCGAUCAACGGUGCGGAAGGAAACCGUCGUACGGCGGAUGUACGAUCGAAAGGAUUCUCCAACCUGUUCGUGCUCUCCAAAUCGGAUCUGAACGAAGCGAUCGUGUACUACCCGAAUGCACAGGCCAUCCUGAAGAAGCGUGCCAAGAGUUUGAUGCGCAAAAAUGCUGCCCGUGAAAAGGCCGAAUCGCAGCAGAGCAUCGACACGAAGGACAGUGAGGCGGAUGUAGUCAUCCGGAAUCCACAGGAUCCAACCUCUCCGAAGCUGCUAAAAACCGUCAUCCAAGCGUUGCCCCAGGAGUCGGCCGCCGUGCAAUUGCUAAUGCAAGGUUUCAAAAUGAUUGAUCCAUUGACGGACGAGACGGACGAGCAGCAAAUGGAGAUGGCCGGAGCUGAGGAGAAGAACGUUGAACCAGAUCGCGAAGAAACGGCCUCGGUACGCAGUGUGGAGAUCAAGCACACGACCGAGGUGCAGAUCGAGAACGAAAAGAAUGUCGAAUUGCCGUGUGAUUUGGUGUACAGCAUUAAGAAAGAGCUGAUGGAGAACAAUAGCUAUAUCAAUCUAACCGAUACGGAAAAGUACAAGCUGCUCCACGAGCUUUCCAAGGAUGAGUACGGCAACCAGGAAAAGUCGCCAGUUUAA